AUGCAAUCUUAAAGGGAGAAUUUACAGAGUAGGGGCCAACUGAGCUCUGGGCAUAGAAAUUUUUUAUCUAAAAGAACCAAGACAGAACCAUCUAUGAUACCUAAUUUUGAUAUCUUAUAGGAGAAUGUGAAGAAUUAGUUUGCUCUAGGUCAUAUACGAGGGAAAUGGCUUCAUAAACCUUCGUAUUUGAUCCCAAAAACUGAAAUUUAAUAGAAAAGAGACGAGACUUAUGGAAAGGUAAACAAUAAAUCGAAGACAAAAAAAUUAACUUUCCUAAAAUUUGGAUUUAGAAUGCAUGAAAAAAAGAACAAUUAUUAUUUGUAACCUCUUAUCAAAUAGGUUCACGAUGCCUUUGGAGAAUUGGCUAAUGAUGGCUCUAUGGGAGUAGUUGACUUAUGGAGUGAUCGCAAUGUGAAUAGGUUGAUGGAUGCAAUAGAAAUGACUAGAGAUAAUUUGUUGGUGAGACGGAUGGGUAAGGAAAAAUAGAAGAGUGAUGAGUCAGGCUUAAAUAGAGUGAACGAUAAAAAAGUUAAUAAUAUAUUUAAAUCCAGUGAUGAUGAUACUUUUAAGAUAAAAUUUCAAUUAACUGAUAUCGAAAAGAGAAGAUUGACAAGAAUUGCCAUGCCUACAUUAUGUUGGUAAUUAUUUAUCCAAUUUAUAAAAAUUAGUUAACUUCGGCAUGAAGAUCCCAAUUAAGGUAUUGCUGCUAUUGUUAAUUCAAUUGAUGAAUUGCACCAAGAAAACCUGGAAAUAUACACCAAUCUCUAUUAGUAAAUAAAAAAGAUAUAAAAAAAUAUCAAGUGA